AUGCAAGCAUUUGUGAGAUGGCGACCUAUGAGCCCAGGCGAAUCGACGACCGGGGAACUCGAACGCUCUCAUGCUCAGCAUGAAAAUUCACGCUUCUCAACUUCGAUAAUCUCACAGUUAGGGUCGAGCCGAGACCGUUCAUGGAAGAGUGCAGGGUGCUUCUCACGGAUCUUUGAGGUCAAUGACGGCAAUAAGGAUGUUUUUGAAGCUGUUGUUGCACCCUCUCUUCCUCACGUUCUGAAUGGGGGAACCUGCAAUUUUUUCGCCUACGGCCACUCUGGAAGCGGGAAAACACACACGAUCAUUGGCUACGACUACGAAAACAGCGACGAAUUUGGCCUUUGUUUAGCUGCCGCGCACGCCCUUUGCCAGGCACUUGAGAAAUUGAAUGAAGCUCGAGCCUCUGAGGGGAGAGGGAAUGACGGAGAUAGGUUAGGUAUUGGGAUCCGCAUGUAUGAGAUGCGAAAGAAUAGUGCUUUUGAUCUUUUGAAUGGUCGCCGGGAAUGCUAUGUUCGAGAAGGGCCCGACGGACGAGUCCAUGUUCGCGGCGAAACAGAGGUGCUAGAAGGCGGAAAAGUCAGAGUCCGUCCAGUCGUUGUUCGGGACUGCUGGAGUUUCGAGGAUUUGCGUCGUGAGCUGCAAGUUGGCCUUAAGCUCAGAGCAAUUGGGUUAUCCACCGUACAUGACCAAAGUUCCCGUACCCAUGCGGUUGUAGAGCUCGAGGUUGUGACCAAGUCGCUACUUGAUGCGCGCGAUGCCAUUAUUGAUCGAGAGUCUGAGUUCGUCCCGGUUGCUAAGCGCGCUACAGAUAUUUAUCUCGAGGAGAAUGCAAAUGCCUACAUCAAAACUUCCGAAGGGAAAUAUGUUCCUAAUCCAGAUCGUCCGCCAAAUCAGGAGCGCAUUGACGCUGCGGAAAAGGAAAAAGAAAAGUUCGAGUCGUACAUGAAACAGGCGGAAGCCCACGCAUGCGAUGUAUUCGCAUCUCAUGACCAGAGAUGCCUUGGUGGAAAGCUCGUCUUUGUCGAUUUGGCGGGAUCCGAAUACUAUCAUGAAAAGGCCACACCCUCAACAUUCGCGACCAAAAUGACGCCCCAGGAACGCCAGGAGGGUCGACAGAUAAACACCGACCUGCUUGCCUUGAAAGAGGUCAUCCGUGCGCGUGCUCUCAAUCAAGCGCGUAUCCCAUUUAGGUCUUCCCCACUGACAAUGGUGCUCCGCGAGCACUUCUCGGCUUCCACGGACAGUCAGUCUGCAAUGAUUCUUACGGUUUCACCUUCCUUCGGGCAAUUUGCAGCAACCAUGAACACUCUAAAGUACGGGAACCUGGUGGGCGUUGCGGGUGAUGAAAAGGCUACAAAUACCAAAGGAUAACAAAACCCAAGCCUCAACAUCAGGAACGCCAGAUUUAUUAGUUCUUAAGUUUU